AUGCAGCCAGUCCCUGCAGGUUAUCCUAUAGAAAAGCUCUCUGGACCUGCGAUCGUUGCCUAUCUCUUGCACUGGGGACUCUUCGGGACCCUUACUGUGCAGCUUUAUCUGUACUAUCUAGCAUUUCCGAAUGACAGACGAUUCACAAAAUAUCUCGUCUAUGGCAUCUACGUUAUCGAAUUCGCACAGACGAUACUCGUCACCUAUGACGCCUUUGCAGGAUUCGGGUACGGCUUCGGUGACAUAGAAGCACUGACUAGGAUGUAUUUUAAUUGGCUCAUUGUCCCUAUCAUGGGCGCUGUCGUUGCUAGUAUCGUACAGUGCUUCUAUGCGUACCGAAUUUUCAUAUUGUCAAAGUCUCAGAUCGUCACUAUACUUGUGACCUGUUUAUCCUUGACCAGCGCUGUAGCAGCCAUAAUCACAGGCACCUACUGUUUCGAAGCAGGCGAUGUCACUAAACUCAAUAAUCGAAGGACAUCCAUCGCUGUCGGGAUUUUUUACGGAGCUUCAGCCUUGUGUGAUAUCCUCAUCGCUAUCUGCAUGACUUACUAUCUUAUGCGCUGUGAUACUGGUUUCCGUCGCACCCGAAUGCUUCUCACCAAGUUGAUUCGUCUUAUUAUUGAAACAGGAACUGUAACCGCUGGGGUCGCUGUGCUCGACCUUAUCCUCUUUUUUUCCUUCCCUCAUGAGACUUUCUACGGGACGACGGCCCUUGUCAUGCCCAAGCUAUACGCUAACACCUUUUACAUGGUACUGAAUUCGCGAAUCCGAAUUCUAGGUGGACGGGAUACCUAUACGUCGUCAACCGAUCUAAGCAUUACGACCACUAUGAUAAAAGAUAUCACCUCCAAAUCGACAGAAGGCACGCAGCGAACGGACGGGAUGCAAGGACAGGCAUCAUUGGUCGCGAUAACUCAGCAGGUGUUCAACGAUGAUCUUGAAAUGAGUCAAAUGGAUGACAAACCACGGGACACCAUCAUGAGCCCCGCCGUGUAA